UGCUCUUUUUGAAGCGGCCUUCGUCGCGUGAACAUUGUGAAAAUAGUAUCUUGCUGUUAGUUGCAUUAUUUUUGGUGCGAAAUUGCACGUGAAAAUUGUGCACACAUAAAAGCGUGUCGUUUUUUGAGCAUUUGAAGAAAGCGCGUAAUAAAAUGGCUGCAGAUCAAGCACAAUUCCAACAGCUAUUAAAUUCCCUGUUGUCGUCGGACAAUGAAGUGCGCCAGCAGGCUGAGGAUGCCUACAACAAUUUGUCGCGCGAGGUGAAGGUAACACACUUGUUGGGCAAUAUUCACAAUGGACAACAAUCGGAGGAGGCCCGCCAAAUGGCCGCUGUGCUCUUGCGUCGCCUUUUCACAUCCGACUUUCUGGAAUUUUACAAAGAAAUUCCGGCUGACUCGCAGAACCAAUUGCUGCAACAAAUUUUACUUGCUGUGCAGCAAGAUGUGACACCGCAGCUACGUCGAAAGAUUUGCGAAGUCGUUGCCGAGGUAGCGCGUAAUCUAAUUGACGAGGAUGGUAACAAUCAAUGGCCGGACAUAUUGCAGUUUUUGUUCCAAUGCGCCAAUUCACCAACGCCACAACUUCAGGAGUCGGCUUUGCGCAUCUUUACUAGUGUUCCCUCUAUUUUUGGAAAUCAGGAAGCGCAAUACAUUGAUUUGAUCAAGGAAAUGUUGGCCAAGAGCAUGGAACCAGGAGCUGAUGCCGAAGUGCGAGUCCAAGCUGUGCGAGCCGUUGGUGCAUUCAUUCUCUAUCACGACAAGGAGAAGGAGGUCGCCAUUUAUAAGCACUUUUCGGAUUUGUUGCAACGCAUGUUGGUGAUUACCGGAGAAACAAUUGAGGCACAAGACGAUCAGAGUUUGCUUAAACUAUUGAUCGACAUGACCGAGAAUUGUCCGAAGUUCUUGCGUCCACAACUGGAGUUCAUAUUCGAGAUUUGCAUGAAAGUGUUCAGCACACCAGACAUCGAGGACAGCUGGCGUCAUCUGGUGUUAGAGGUGAUGGUAUCGCUCGCAGAGAACGCGCCUGCAAUGGUGCGCAAACGUGCCGAUAAGUAUAUUGUGGCGCUCAUUCCCCUUGUGUUGCAAAUGAUGACCGAUUUGGAAGAGGAUGACGAUUGGGCCACUGCCGAUGUGGUAAAUGACGACGACCACAGCGAUAAUAAUGUCAUAGCGGAGUCGUCUUUGGAUCGUCUUGCUUGUGGACUUGGCGGAAAGAUUGUCCUGCCGCACGUGAUGAAUGCUCUGCCUACUAUGCUAAGUCAUAGUGAUUGGAAGCAUCGUUUCGCCGCCCUCAUGGCCAUUUCAGCCAUUGGCGAAGGCUGCCACAAGCAAAUGGAGGCAAUUCUGGAUCAGGUUAUGUCCGGUGUUUUGGCAUAUUUGAGAGAUCCUAAUCCGCGUGUACGUUAUGCCGCCUGUAAUGCUAUUGGACAAAUGUCCACAGAUUUUGCGCCAACAUUUGAGAAGAAAUUCCACGAGCAGGUGGUGCCCGGCUUGUUGUCACUGCUGGAUGAUGUCGAGAAUCCACGCGUGCAGGCUCACGCUGGUGCAGCUUUGGUUAAUUUCUCCGAGGAUUGCCCCAAGAACAUUUUGACUCGCUACCUGGAUGCCAUUAUGACCAAACUGGAAACAAUUUUAAACUCAAAGUUCAAAGAACUGGUCGAAAAGGGCAACAAGUUGGUGUUGGAGCAGGUGGUUACAACCAUUGCCUCAGUGGCCGAUACAUGCGAACAAGAGUUUGUCGCAUACUAUGACCGUUUAAUGCCAUGCCUCAAGUUUAUUAUCCAAAAUGCCAAUUCCGAGGAGUUUCGUAUGUUGCGCGGAAAGACUAUCGAAUGCGUAAGUCUUAUUGGUUUGGCUGUGGGCCGUGAAAAGUUUAUUACGGAUGCCGGGGAGGUUAUGGAUAUGUUAUUGAAAACGCACACCGAGGGUGAUUUGCCAGAUGACGAUCCACAAACGAAUUACUUAAUAACUGCUUGGGCACGCAUGUGCAAAAUAUUGGGGAAACAGUUCGAGCAAUAUUUACCCCUGGUAAUGGGUCCCGUGAUGCGCACUGCAGCCAUGAAGCCAGAAGUGGCGCUUUUGGAUAAUGAAGAGGUGGAAGACAUUGAGGGCGAUGUGGACUGGUCGUUCAUCAAUUUGGGCGAGCAACAGAACUUCGCAAUUCGAACGGCUGGUAUGGAGGACAAGGCAUCGGCUUGUGAGAUGCUUGUUUGUUAUGCUCGCGAACUGAAGGAUGGCUUCGCCGAUUACGCUGAGGAGGUGGUACGUCUCAUGGUACCUAUGCUUAAAUUCUACUUCCACGAUGGUGUGCGUUCGGCUGCUGCCGAAUCAUUGCCUUAUUUGCUUGACUGCGCCAAGAUAAAGGGCCCGCAGUAUUUGGAGGGCAUGUGGCUGUACAUUUGCCCAGAGCUCCUCAAGGUUAUUAAUACUGAGCCGGAGCCUGAAGUACAAUCUGAGCUGUUAAACUCAUUGGCUAAAUGCAUUGAGACCUUGGGACCGAACUGUUUGAACGAGGAUGCCAUGAAGCAAGUUUUAGAUAUCAUCACUAAAUAUGUUCAGGAGCAUUUCGAGCGUGCCGAUAAGCGCCUUCAAGCGCGUGCCGAAGAAGAUUAUGAUGAUGGGGUAGAGGAAGAAUUGGCCGAACAGGACGACACAGACAUUUACAUAUUGUCCAAAGUGGUGGACAUUAUUCACGCGCUCUUCCUUACCAAUAAGGAACAGUUUUUGCCUGCGUUUGACCAGGUAGCACCACUCUUCAUAAAGCUUCUAGAUCCGAACCGUCCAUUUGCUGACCGCCAGUGGGGCGUGUGCGUAUUCGAUGAUUUGAUUGAAUUCUGUGGCCCAGCCUGUGCGCCAUAUCAGCAUGUUUUUGCGCCUGCGCUUUUACAAUACGUGACCGACAAAUCUCCCGAUGUGCGCCAGGCAGCCGCCUAUGGCUGUGGUGUCUUGGGUCAAUUCGCUGGCGAACACUUUGCCGUAACGUGUGCUCAGAUCAUUCCACUGCUGGUGCAGGUCAUCAACGAUCCGAAUAGUCGCGAAAUGGAGAACAUCAAUGCCACCGAAAAUGCGAUAUCGGCCUUCGCAAAGAUUCUGAAAUACAACAGUUCGGCUCUGACUAACAUGGAUGAACUGAUACAGCUUUUCUUCAGCUGGCUACCCACCUCUGAAGAUCCCGAGGAAGCCGUACACAUAUAUGGUUAUUUCUGCGAUCUAAUUCAGUCCAAUAAUCCAGUGAUUCUCGGCGCCAAUCAUUUAAAUCUGCCUCGUAUUGUUUCGAUCAUAGCCGAGGCAUUCCUAAAAAAUGUGCUGGAGGCAAAGAGUGAGGUCGGCACUCGUUUGCUGACCAUUGUUAAGCAAAUUGAAUCGAAUCCAGAAAUGAUGCAGCAGUGCACCAGCACCCUGAGCCCUGAGGAAAAGCAGGCAUUACAGGUUGCUUAUCAGGAGUUGGCGGCUUAAGUCCUACCGUAUUAAGAUCGAACCACUCUAUGAACCAGAACGCUCAUCACACAGCGCAUUAAUAAACGGUAGGAUUUUUAUUAAAAAAGGAGAAACGCAUGUUAUUGUCAUAUAUUAUCGACGUUUGCAAGUCUAAAUGUCUGCAUAUGCUAAUGAAAAUUAUGUUUAAAAAAUAAUAUAUAUGUAAUGUAUAUUUAAAAAGUACAUAUAUAAACUUUGUAUAUGAGAUAAUAGAAUUCAAAAGUGUAACUCUAUAUAUGUGAUUUCAAGUAAAGCUCAUCCUCCCCUAUUUAGAAAACUGGCAGAAGCUAAAAAAGAAACUUUGAGAAAAAUGCUAAGUUUUUGUACGUUGACAUGUUGAAGAAACUUUCAUCAAAAUUUAGGAUUCCAGUAAAUUAUUUUCGUUAUUACAAUCUUCAUAUGUUAUAUUACAAACAUAUUUGGCCAAUAACCACGGCCUUCUCCGAAUGUGACUGUCAAACGAACCGCAUUGUAAAAAAUUUAUGCAAUUGUAUUUUAAAAUUACACAAAAAGAAAUAAACAGAAACAAAAUAAAGUA